CGAGCAUGGCUCUCGGUGCUAGCCACAGUGGCUGACAGGCCAGAUGCUUUAGACGGAACUUCAUCUCUCGUCUUGAUCGGCCCGUAUGAAGGACGCAAAAUAACGCAAAUGCUGUGCAAUACCACCUUGGGCCUUUGGAAUGGUUCAGCGCGCAGUUGCGACAGAAGUGGCCCACUGCACGGUGCAUGCUCUAUAUAUCCCACUCGACCGUGACUCUGCACGCCUCGGCAUGGCAAUCAACACCCCUCGAAUUCCUCGCGACGUCUAUGCAGAUACAACAUCGCACGUUCUGGUCCACCGCUUCCCGGUGUACGGUCAUCUGCUGAGUGCCCUCCCCCUCCGACUCCGAUCUCCGUCCGGCCUAUCCGACUCGAUUGGAACCAAGUCACCCGAUUUCCUGGCAGCUUGGUGAAGCUUUGCGCGCAUGAAGGUCCUCUAGACGCGUCGCAGUCUCCCUGCGGCAGGAUGUGUGUCUGUCUUUGUGUGGCGCUGGGCGAGAAACAUGAGACGGCUUGGCUUUCCGGAUGAUCCCCACGUGCGCUGAUGCAUUGCGCCCCUGCUCUCUGGGCUCUCGCCAGGCUACUUGAUCUCAAACGAACCCGGAGGCGACGCGAUGGUUGCUGUCGACUUCUCUCUCGCUUGGCGUGCGGCACUUGUGCUUCCUCAUGACUCAUGAGCGACUGCGUUUCGACUUGCUGUGGCUGAUAUCGCCAAAUCUGCGCUAGAAUGUCAACGGCGGCUCCAGCAGAGCUGAAUGGAUGGACCACUCUUGGUGACGUGUGCAUGCACAAUCAACGUCUCGUUUGCUGUAUCCAUUGGGCAACGAGUCCUUGUGUUACUGAAUGAGGAUGACCAUGGUGGACGUGCACAGGAGUCGCUGGCUUCCUUGUACGGAGUUUCAAAACAUCGCAACGAGAAUGUCCCCUCUGCCCUCGAGACAAUCCGGCAGCGCUGCGAACACCAGCGCAUGCCCAACGGCGACGCGUUACAUCACAGCGGUCCCAGCCGCGAAUCUUAUACAAAGAGAUGGCAGGUGAAGGCGAAGCCGCCUUUCCAGUCAUGCUAUGUGCCUGGAUGCACCUGAAUGUGCUCUGACAUCACAGUGGCCCCUGAUCGGGCGAGAAAGCGGAGGAGGAGUAGGGGUCCGGAAUCGGCAAGGCCCCGUCGCGUUGUGCGCGAGGCGGAAUCUCACGGCAAAUCCCUGGUACAUAUCCGCGCUGUCGAGUGUAUGGAGCUCCACCAGACAGCUGUCGCGGAUGAGAACUAACGCGACACACACAAGGACAACUCGCAGUCCACAGCUAUCAUUCCAAAAACGGCAAAUCAGAAGGCGGUGUCGCUUGUACACAGCCGGGUGCACCCACUGACAUAUGCAGAUCAUGAAGCCCUGACGGUCUCGACUCUGGAGGCGGCUCAUGUAUGAAACGCCUAUCAGGCGCAAAUGAUCUUGAAACCCAAGCCAAGAGAGAGAGCCUGUGAUUCCGGUCGUGGGCAACCGUAUGCCACAGUCGCUGAUCUGGGCUUUGCAGCCUUUUGAGCCUCUCUGAGCCGACCUGGCUUGCUCGCGACCAUACUACGUCCAGCUGCGUAGCAUAAAGUUUGGCUUGCGCAGAUACGCCUGCGGCUGAUGUGCCGCCCCGUGCGACAGCUUCCAGUCGUCCAACCUUGUCUUGGCGAACGCGCCGAUGGAGAAUUUUCGGUCUGAUUGCCCGUUUGCACUCCCGUGAAUUGAUAUACUCGAGUAUACCUACCCCCCUCCUUGGACGCCGGACCUUUUUUUUUUUCAAAUUCACUCCACUCGCGAAUGAUUCUACGACGGGCGUCUCUGUUGAGGCCCCUCCUCGCGCUAUUCAUCGCAUCCUCGCUCGUGCUCUGGCUGUACAUCUGGGUCUUUGAUCCGCUGGCGAAACACGAGUGGUGGCGGAAAUUCAAGCUCGGGUGGACGUCGCCCGAUGCCGAGUUUGCGUUCGUGCAGCACCCCGAGGCGGCUGCGUUGGGGCAUCCCACGUUUGAGGAUGCGCGGAGGCACGAGUGGGACUUGCCGCAACACCAUCUCGCGCGUCUCGGCGCGAAGGCUGGUCCGAGACCCAAAUAUCUGUUUUUUAGCGCUGCGUCGUGGGGAUCUGGCUGGAACAAUGUUUUGCAGGAGCAGCUGAUAAACGCGCACCUGGCGCACGCAACGGACCGCGCCUACGUGUUCCCGUCGUUCACUCCGCGCGACCACCCUCCAUUUCCGGACAUUGUCGAUGACGGGGAGGGCCAGUCCCACCGCCGGUUCCUGGAGAUCCCGUUCACAGCGAUGUUGGCGGGCGCGAUUGGGGGUGGGCCGCUGUCGGCGGAUGGCACGAGCGAUCCGCUGACACGGCGCUCGGUGUCGGAAGCGCACUGGGAUAUCGUGUGUCCCGUCUGGAGUCGGUAUUACAUCAACGUGAAAGACAUGCGCAAAGCUGAGCAUCACGAAGAACAUACGGACGCCGAGCAGAUCAUGGCUUACUGGGUGGACAAGCUCAGGAGGAUCAACACCCCGUGCGUCAGCCUCACGAAAUGGAGUGUCUUCGAUUACUUGCAAGUCGUCUUCGUGUUUCUCAUUUGGCUCCUUGCUGACUUGACGCGGCUCAGAAACAUCGGCGGACCGCAGAUUCUCAGCCUCUGGCCGACCGGCUACGGCGACUCACCGAUCCUCAAACACUUCGCCUGGUCCCCGCUCAUCACCCAAGCGCUCUCCGAAAACUGGGCGCUCCUCUCCAGCGUCCCCCCACCCCCAUCCCUCUCCACGGACCACUCGUCCGCAAACCCCUUCAUCCUCCACCCGCCCUACCCCGCCUCCUCUCCCUCAAUCCCGCACCUCCUCGCAGUGCACGUCCGCCGCGGGGACUACGAGGGCCACUGCCAGUUCCUCGCAGACGUCAACGCGCAGUACAACGCCUGGAACGCACUCGGCGAACCCGCACCCGCCCGGCCGAGCCCGCGCGCGGGCUUCCGCAGCGCGAUCCCGGCGAACUACACCUGGCCGCGCAUCCCGGACCACCUCGACGUCCGGGCCGGCGAGAGCGGCCGCGACGCGCGGGUGCGGCACUGCUGGCCGACGCUCGAGCAGAUCGUCGCGAAGGUGCGCGCCGUGCGGACGCGGGCACCUGGGCUGGAGCGCGUGUACGUCGCGACGGACGGCGAGCGGGCGUGGGUGGGCGCGCUGGCGGCGCGGCUCAAGCGGGAUGGGUGGCGGGAGGUGGUCAGCUCGUUUGAUGUGCGGCUGAGCAGGGAGCAGUUUGCGGUGUCGCAGGCGGUGGAUAUGAGCGUUUUGGCGGCGGCUGAGGAGUUUAUUGGAGAUGGGUUUUCGUCGCUCUCCAGUAACGUCGUGCAGAUCAGGUUGGCUGCCGGUAAGGACGCGCAGACCAUUCACUUUUGGUGAACGUCCGCAUCGUGUCUAUUAAUGACACUACCUACCGAUCUCAGUAGAGAUUUCUCGACCCGGUCUUCUAUCAGAGAGUCCUUGUUGAGCCAGUUGCAUCACGUGUUAGGAUUAUUCAUUUGAAUACACACGUGACCGCGUCUGAGACCCAAGUCAACAUCGCCCGUAGAUCUGCCCCCGCGGCGUGCUCACCAGGGGUGCAACUGUGAGGGUCAGUCAAGACUUACUAUGUGCACUAUCG